UCGUGCUGUCUUCGAACGUAUCCAGCUGUUGCGAGUAUAUCUCUGGCUACCGAAACGCGAAUGAAGUGGCGUCCGACUCACUUGAAGACCUCUGGGUUGCAAUCAAGUCAGGUUCAAUCAAUGGGGAAUUCGCGAAUGAUGUUCGGGUACUCCUACGCCGCGUCUCGGUGCCGCUCUUCUGCGGCUUCUAUGACACUAACUGUGAACCUGGGCUAUGAUAAUUCGGAGGCGAUAUGCCAGCAAAGACCCGACAUGUGUAUCUUUGCGACUACUUGCGCGGAACUUACGAUCAAGACGGGCCAACCGAGUGCGCCACCUGAUGGCUGACAUGAGGCGAUACAACGAUUUAAGGUGGGUGACUGCAUGAACAUGGCGCCGUCUUUCCUCUCUUCGAUAAACCUACUUCCCAGUUGUAGUUCAGCCUCCAUCGCCAAUUCUACGGUAAGAUGGGCAAGUCGCGGCUCCCGAUUGUCUCGCUGUGCUUAGUGGCCCUCUCGUCCGUGGUGACAUCCGCACCUUUAACUUCCUCGUCUUCGACAUCCGGUUCGCCUUCACCAAGUCCAACCCUCCCGUACGCAAGUGACAAUCCGAACGUCGAGCUAUGGAACCAGGACUCCUACAUUAUUCCUGAACCGAUCCGCGGUUCUCUCGGUGCUACCAUUCUCGGGCCCACCAACGUGCUUCUCGACUUGCAGAAUCCCAGCCUUCUUGCACCCCCGAGCACCGAUCAUGGAACUAUACCGAACGCAAAGUGGCCAUUUUAUCUCAGCCACAACCGCUUGCAAACAGGAGGCUGGUCUCGCCAGCAGAAUGUCAACGACAUGCCCAUUAGUAUCGAAAUGGCUGGAGUCGACAUGCGGCUUGAAGCAGGCUCUAUUCGUGAACUGCACUGGCAUACAACGGCUGAGUGGGCAUACGUUCUGAAGGGUACAACUCAAAUCACAACAGUUACACCGGAUGGCCAAAACUACCUCGCCAACGUCAACCAGGGAGACAUUUGGUACUUCCCUCCUGGCCAACCUCACUCUCUGCAAGCAACUGCAGACUGCCCUGAAGGAACAGAAUUUCUUCUAGUCUUUGACAAUGGAAAGUUCAGCGAGGACUCUACAUUCUUGUUGACCGACUGGCUCGCGCACAUACCCAAAGAAGUGAUUGCAAAGAACUUUCAGGUGGACCAGUCUGCAUUCGACCAUAUCCCCGAUCAGGAGCUCUAUAUCUUUCCAAGCACUCCUCCUUCGGACAAUGGGGACCUGCCCAUCAGUCCUCAAGGGCAAUCGUCCGAGCCCUACUCGUUCCCGCUGUCUCAGUACAAUGCGACGCAGCUCCCCGGUGGCACAAUCAAGAUUGUUGACUCGACCGUUUUCAAGGCGUCGAAGACUAUCGCCGUCGCUGAGAUUACGCUGGAACCGGGCGCGAUGAGAGAGCUGCAUUGGCAUCCGAUACAAGCGGAGUGGGACUAUUUCAUCUCCGGAAAUGCUCGUAUCACCCUGUUCGCUGCCAAUUCCGACGCUCGAACGUUCGACUACCAACCUGGUGAUAUUGCCUACAUUCCUCAGUCUUACGGGCACUAUGUCGAGAACACAGGCAACACCACUCUCCACUAUCUCGAGAUCAUGAAGACCGACAAGUUCCAAGACGUCAGUCUGAACCAGUGGCUUGCCCUGACGCCGCCUGCCAUCGUGAAGGCGCAUCUCGACGUCUCGGAUGACACAAUCAGCCACUUCAGCAAGACGAAGCCUAUCAUUGUUGGAUGA